UUCUAACCUAAAAAUAAGCACGUCAAAGUGUUUGUUAGAGUGAAGGAAGAAAACGUCUGUGAGAAUAUUAGGAUUAGUUAAUGAUUAAUUUGAUAAAUUAUUACAAUUUGUGCAAGACUUUUAUAAAUUUAUCGUUUUAUAAGCAUGGAUUGUGUACCAGACGGAAAUAUUCAUCAAAGGGUUUUAACCUUAAUCAACAAGAUUAAACAUGGUGAAAUUGAAGGCACGUAUGAAAUUGUCGUAGCCACUGUUUCCGUUCUAAAGGAAAUUAUUACAAUUACAGAAUGGAGUACAGCAAAAUCGGUUAUGGAUUUGGUCAGAUUAAAUGGAAAAUACCUGAUAGAAUCAAUUCCUUUAGAGGCCUGUAUUGGAAAUAUGGUUCGACGUAUAUUGCACAUUAUAAGAGAAGAAUACUCUUCAGAGUUAAAAAAUAAAACUGAAGAAACGGAUCCUCAGGAGUCGCUUCACAAAAUUCUUACCUCCAAGGACGAUCGAAAUAUUGAUUUCAAUGUCUCAGUACCUUCCCUCAAAGAAGCCCUUGUCGAGCACAUAAACGAAUUUGAAGUCGAAUUAGAAACAUGUGCCGAAAAUGUCACACAACAAGCUUCAGAGCACAUCCACUCUAAUGAAAUUAUAAUGACUAUCGGUCAAUCUAGACUAGUACAAGAAUUUUUAAAGAAAGCUGCAGAAACUAGAUCCUUUGAAGUAAUCGUAUCCGAAGGUGGUUCCAAUCUGAACGGCCACGAAAUGGCAGUGAACCUCGCGAAGGCGAAAAUUAAAACCACCUUAAUCUCGGAUGCGGCUAUUUUUGCUAUGAUGUCUCGGGUGAAUAAAGUGAUAAUAGGAACUCGAACGGUUAUGCUGAAUGGAGGCCUUAAGGCCAUUUCGGGGACGCACACGGUUGCACAGGCUGCCAAACACUAUUUCGUCCCAGUCAUGGUCUUGCUACCGCUGUAUAAACUUUCUCCUGAAUAUUUAUGCUCUUACGAUCAAGAUGGUUUCAACAAGUACCUUUCCCCGAGACAAGGAGUGAUUCAGGCUGACAAUAUUCAACUCAUGGAUAAAAUCCGCGCCUUUAAUCCUGCUUUUGACUACGUACCUCCCGAGCUUGUCACUUUAUUUAUUUCUAACACUGGAGGAAAUGCUCCCUCUUACAUCUACAGAUUGCUUAGCGAGUUGUAUCACCCGGAUGACUAUGAACUUUAACCAGCUCAAAUUGAUUUUACUUAUCUAAUUUCUGUGAAUAUUUAUCUGUAAAUUAACCGAUUCAGCCCUGCAGCGUACUGACUCUUAUUUUAAAUAAAAGCCCUCAAACUCAA